AUGGAUCAAGUGGCAGCGCUUUCGUCCAUGUCCAGCAAGUCUGGUACGAGGCGCAUGUCUAUCGACGAGCGUCGCAAGUUGCGAAAGCAGAAGAAGAAAAAGGCAUCCCGUGUCUCGGAAGAUGGAUCCAUCGUCGUCAAGACCAAUUCUGGCGGCAACAACCCGUACUCGGAGAUUUCGGAUGAACGUUUGGUGCAGUUACUCUCGCGCAACGAGGAUGAGCUUCUCAAUUUGGUGACAUCCAUCACCAAUCUGUACGAAGACAAGUUGGGCAAGGAUGCCCCCUUCAUGACUUUUGUUUUGGUGGGAAUGCAGUCGACGGGAAAGAGCACUAUUGUAGAGCGCUUCAUGUCAGCUGUGCUCAACAUUGUUCAACAGGACACUGGAACACGCUGCCCGCUCGAUAUCACUUGCAUCCAUGAUGACUCUUGUAAGGAGCCACGAUGUGAGCUUCGAGGUGAAGAGUUGGAGGAACACGAAGCAUUGGACUUGAGCAUCGAAGAGGUCUUCUAUCUCAUCAACGAACAUACGAAGGCACUUAGUGACAAUGACUCCUUCAGCACCAAAUCGCUCCGCUUGGUCUACCGGGCGAAGAAUGUUCAGAAUAUGCGCUUCGUAGACACUCCAGGGAUAAUCACCAACCAAGACGUCGGCAAGAAUGAUAAUCGUGAUGCCAUCCAGGAGAUUUUGCGCUACGAAAUGGGCAAAGCCAACACGAAGCUGUGUUUGUUGCUAGAGCCGGCAGAGUUUGCUACAAACAAAAUUGUUAGUUUCUGUGAUGACACUUUCGGCGCCAGGGAAGAUUGGGCCCCUAAAGCAACGAGUAUAAUGACAAAGUUCGACAUGCUGGUGGGUGUUACACCAACUGGAAGCCUCACCAAUGCCCGGUUUGCAAAAUUCCAUGAGAAUGGGCUCUAUCCUUUCCUGGUCAGCAAUCCCUUCCUAAAGAUUGAGGAUCUGGAGCCAGCGGAGUUGUACAAGGCCCGUGUCGACAUGUUAGGUCGUGCCGAUGAAGAGGAGGCAAAUCUCUUUGGCAAGUGGACGGCUGCCCACAAGAACUUUCGCAAGGAAUAUCCCACUGAUGAGACUCUGGUCGUCGAUAUUAGCGAAAGGAUCAGUUUCAAGGAAGCAAAGAAGCAUUUGAGGAAGAUCAUGUUGGAAGAUAUCAUUGCACGCCUACCAGAGGUCCUUGCGGAACUACGCUAUGAGAAGACAAAGCUUGAGAAGGCGCAUAAGACACUUCUCGAAAAGAAGAAGUUCAAAAACCCUUCCGAGCUAAAGCACGUGGCGGGAGAGAUUCUUUAUGAGAUUGAACACAAGCUGAACUCCUAUCUUGAUGGUGACCUCCAAGCCUCUAUCAAUUUCAGAGACAGAUUGCAAACGCUCGACGAAGAAAUCGCGGAGGAAGAAGUUUCGGAAUGGUCCACGAAGGAUCUCAAUCACUAUACGGAAGACGAAGACGUCUGGCGUGAACGGAUUGCUGGCUUUGAGGGUGAAUAUCCUGAAACUGUCCAACCAGACCAACUCUUCUUAGGAGGAAAGCAGGUCCAGCGAGCUAUCAAGUUUUUUGGGCAGGUGAUGAUUGUUGCUCUCCCCAACCCAUUUGAGUUGAAGGAACUUGUACCCAAUUCAACUGGUUUCUUGGGCGGUGGUCUCAACCGUGAAAAUUGGGAAAGAGCCAUGGUGCAAGUUGUCCAAGUUUGUGUGCGUCAGACCUGUCACCCAGGCAUCAACUACUUGAUAAAGCAUGUCGGUUGUAUCUUUCGCAAUCUCUUUUACAUGGCGCUGGAGGAUGUCAAGCACGGGGAGAGACUCUCUGAUACGUUCAAGUUGCUACCCACGUCAUUGGAGAAGCUCUUUUUGAAGGAGUUCGACGCCAUGCUUUGGGGUCUGAUGCAGAAGGCGGCCGAUAAGACCCACUGUUCCCUCGAACCCAUGUACGAAACCAUUGAUCCCGAACUACCCACUUUUCACGCUCUUCGCCUUGGCUCGACCCCCGAAGAAGGUCUCUUUAAACCUGACGGCAAUGGUGGAUACGUGGAAGUACUCAGCGAUGAAGAGUCAACCAAAUCGACUUGGAUUGAACAGGCCAGAGAGAAGUUGUCGAGCAUGCUGAGUCUCAGCGGGGACGAUGCUAAGGAGUUCCUGCUGAAGGAAAGCUUAUCCAGGGCCAGAAGUAAGAGAUGCUUUCUUCCGGAAGAGCGCACAUCCAUGGUCACUGAGGAGGAAACAGACAUGAUCCUUCGUCGUGCUUACGAGUACAUGGUGGCGCUUAUGGAAUUCAAUCUCGUGAUUCUUCGCUUUCAGCUAAACUCGUUUCUUUUCAAAGGCUUCAAGAAGGAGCUCGGCAAGAGUUUCAAGGGUAAGCUGAUGGACGAAGCAGACUGGAAGACACUGGUUCAGCCAGACCCAGAAUUGGAAAAGGCAUUGGUUGAGGUAGAGGAACAAAUUGAAGGCGUGGACAACUCUUUGCAGCAAGUAGAAACGUUGCAGCGCAGACUUUGA